ACCUGCCAGGAACGCUUUUCCUCCUCCCAUUUAUGCUGCUGUCUCAAAUUCGCAACGGUCUGCCCAAUCAGGGACAAGGCCAGCAUCGACAUCGUCACGGUCAUUACACUCGUCCUCCAACCAGCCCUCUCCAACCGGUCAGUUUUCGAUAGGUGCAGGCGACUUGCCCUCUCCGACGCAUGAGCAUCAAUCAUCCAAGAUGGGCCGGCCUGCACCGCUAGCUGUGCUGCCGCUGGCCAACGUUCUGCGGUCGCUCAUGACGACCACGGUCUCGUCCUCGCCGCUACUGCUGCCGCCCUCACUGGCUGUGAUGUCUGCCCUGGCCAACACUACCCGGCCGCUGCUCAAUCCGGACAGGAAUCCCAUCCUCCGCUUCUUUCUCAAAAAGACAUUCUAUGCCCAGUUUUGCGCCGGCGAGAACGCGGCUGAAGUACGACGGACUAUCGAGUCGCUCAAGGGGAUCGGUUUCGCCGGCGUCAUUCUGGGCCAUGCCAGGGAGGUAGUUCUUAGCGAAGCGCAAAUGAAGGAUCUCAUGUCGUGUAGCAGCGGCGCCGUGGCCGACGAAUGUGUGCGAAAUGAAAUCACCCCGUGGGCCAAAGGAACGAUGGAAACGGUGAUGCUGGCGUCCCCGGGCGACUUUGUUGCGCUCAAGCUCACGGGCGCCGGCCGACAGGCCCUCUAUGCCCUUUCCAAGCGCCUGCCGCCAUCCGAGGCCCUGUCGAGUGCUAUCGACGCCAUCUGCCGCCUGGCCGCUGACCGUGGUGUCCGCCUGCUCUUCGAUGCCGAGCAGCAGGCCCUCCAGCCGGGUAUCGACGAUUGGUCCCUCGAAUACAUGCGCAAGUUCAACACCGCCGAUAGCGCCGUCGUCUACGGGACUUACCAGGCCUAUCUGAAGGCAACGCCCUCGACGCUCAGCCGGCACCUUGCUGCUGCGCGUGAGGGUGGGUUUGCGCUGGGCGUCAAGCUCGUCCGGGGCGCCUACCUGGGCUCUGAUCCGCGGCAUCUCAUCCACGAUACCAAGGCUGACACGGACAUGGCGUAUGACGGCCUUGCCGAGGCGCUCCUGCGGAGACGGUGGAACGACCAGCUCAGGCCGCAGAGCGAGAGCGACGAAGACGCGGCGUUCCCCAACGUGGGCGUGGUUCUGGCUACGCACAACCGCGAGUCUGUGCUUAGGGCGCAGGCAAUCCUUUCUGAGGGGAGUGCCGACUGCGUGGACGUGGCAUUUGCCCAGCUGCAGGGCAUGGCGGACGAGGUCAGCUGCGAGCUGGUGACGAAAGGUGCCGGGGAUAAGACGCCCCGUGCCUACAAGUACCUCGUCUGGGGGUCGACGGGCGAAUGUAUGAAGUAUCUGCUGCGGAGAGCCCACGAGAACCGAGACGCGGUGCAGAGGACACGAGCCGGGCGCGAUGCCAUGCGGGCCGAACUGAUGCGGAGGGUCAAGAAGGCGUUUGGGUUGUCCACUUGAAGUGUUUGGUUGACUUCUGGUGCCAUCAUGACUCUUAGCGUCCACGGACGGCUAUUCUAUUUUUUUUUUUUUUCUAGCAAGCUUAAUGAGACCGGUUCAAUCCAUUAACCACGGUUUCUGGUACGGAUUGCUGCCGUGUGCGGAAUCAUUUUGGAUCCAUGACUUUCCCGAACCGAGCACCACACCCUCAAAGCGAGAUUUUGACAGUUCUCCUCGUUUGUAGUGUGGCAUAAGGAUAGCUGCGGUCGACAUCGAGUGGCGACACAUCUAAUCCUCAGUCCAUGGUCCUUGC